UUGGAGGGUAUCACAUAUCUCCGAAAGUUAAAGAUUCCACUGCUGUCUGUUUGUUACUUGCGGUUUACAAACACUGAUACACACAAUGUUAUAAAACAAAAUAGUACUAUACACAUUUCUUGUAUCGUGUCUCUCUCUCUUUCUCACCAUGGCUGCCAGUUUAACGACCCUCCAAUUUCCCUCCCCAUAUCUCAAAAAUCACCACUCUCAUACCAACAAAUUUAAGCUCAAAUCUCCAGCGAUUCCCAAAUCAUAUGGGAGUUCACGAAGCUGUGGGAUUAAAUGCUCGUAUUCAAAUGGGAGAAAACCCGAUUCGAGUAAUGAAGAAAAGAGUGGCAAGAGCUUGGAGGCGCUACGAGAAGAGAAACGGCGUGCUGAGUUAUCGGCUCGAAUUGCUUCAGGCGAAUUCACAGUUGAAAAGCCCAGUUUUGGAUCAUUAUUGGUGAACAGUUUGACAAAAUUGGGGUUGCCUUCAGAGUUCAUUGAAUCUUUAUCUCAAUUCAUAGAUUUGGGUGGAAACUAUCCAAAGAUUCCAGAGGCAAAAGGGGCAAUAAGUGCCAUUCGAAGUGAAGCAUUUUUCAUCCCUUUAUAUGAGCUUUUUCUUACAUAUGGUGGAAUUUUUAGGUUGACAUUUGGUCCCAAGUCUUUUGUGAUAGUAUCCGAUCCAAACAUUGCAAAACGCAUAUUGAAAGACAAUUCAAAGGCAUAUUCAAAAGGUAUAUUAGCCGAAAUCCUAGAAUUUGUAAUGGGAACAGGAUUAAUUCCGGCUGAUGGAGAAAUUUGGCGAGUUAGAAGAAGAGUUAUAGUUCCAGCAUUACAUCUAAAGUAUGUAGCAGCAAUGAUUGGCUUGUUUGGAGAAGCUACUAAUCGCCUUUGCAAAAAACUUGAUGAUGCUGCAUAUAAUGGAGAGGAUGUGGAAAUGGAAUCACUUUUUUCACGUUUGACAUUAGACAUUAUUGGGAAAGCAGUAUUUAAUUAUGAUUUUGAUUCGUUGACAAAAGAUAAUGGAAUCGUAGAGGCAGUAUACACGGUUUUGCGAGAAGCAGAGGAUCGAAGCAUCUCACCUAUUCCAACAUGGGAAAUUCCAAUAUGGAAAGAUAUCUCACCAAGGCAAAAGAAAGUCAAUGAAGCCCUUAAACUAAUCAACACAACUCUCGAUGAUCUAAUUGCAAUAUGCAAGAGAAUGGUUGAUGAAGAAGAUGUAGACUUCAAUGAGGAAUACAUGAACGAAAAUGAUCCAAGUAUUCUCCAUUUUCUAUUGGCAGGAGGAGACGAUGUAUCAAGCAAGCAACUUAGGGAUGAUUUGAUGACAAUGCUUAUUGCAGGACAUGAGACAACUGCUGCUGUAUUAACAUGGACUUUUUAUCUUCUUUCAAAGGAACCUAGUGUCAUGUCCAAGCUUCAAAACGAGGUUGAUGCGGUUUUAGGUGAUAGAUUUCCAACCAUUGAAGACAUGAAGAAACUUAAAUAUACAACUCGAGUGAUCAACGAGUCGUUGAGGCUCUACCCUCAACCACCUGUUUUGAUACGUCGUUCCCUUGAAGAUGAUGUUCUUGACAAGUAUCCGAUUAAAAGGGGUGAAGACUUCUUUAUUUCAGUUUGGAAUCUCCAUCGAUCUCCUAGACAUUGGGAAGAUGCAGAUAAAUUUAACCCUGAAAGAUGGCCUUUAGAUGGACCGAAUCCCAAUGAGACAAAUCAAAAUUUUAGUUACUUGCCAUUUGGUGGUGGACCAAGGAAAUGUGUUGGUGACAUGUUUGCUUCAUUUGAGGCAAUAGUUGCAGUUGCGAUGCUUGUCCGUAGAUUUAACUUUCAAAUGGCACUAGGAGCACCACCCGUGAAAAUGACGACAGGAGCAACAAUUCACACAACAGAAGGUCUAAACAUGACAGUAACACGAAGAAUGCAGCCGCCAAUUGUUCCUAUGCUCGACAAUCAAAAAUUAGAAAAAAUGGAAUCUUCCACAAACAUUCCAAAAGCUGAUCCGGUAGUUAGUUAAAGUUUUAAACAAAAUACAAAAAAGAAAAAUGAAAAAGAAAAGAUAUAAUAUGCCAUGUUGGCGUUCGUUGACCACUCCCAUGAUUUAAGGUGACACGAAUUUGAAGUACAUAUUUUAGUAGAACGGUUUUGUUGUAAAGGGUGAGUGGAGAUUUCUAUUUUUAUAGUUUAUAUAUGUAAUACGAC